AUGACUACUUCAUCACAAUAUAAAUUCGUUCCUAAUAAGAAUGCUAGUAUAAUUUUGGCUCCAUUCUCUGGAGGUCAACCUAAAAAUGGUGUUGAACUCGGUCCCGAAUACAUUAUGGAGGCAGGUUUCAAACAACAGGUUGAAGAACUUGGCUGGAACACUGAGGUAGUUGAACCAUUAGGUAAAACCAAUUACAACGAUCUCCAAAGUGAUAUUAAGGAUAAGUUUGGUGUUAAAAAUGCUGAAGUUGUGAGUUCUGUUUGUCAUAAGAUUCAUGAUGCCGUUAAAGAUGCCGCCCAAGAUGGUCGGUUACCAGUUACUAUUGGUGGUGACCACUCUAUAGGUACUGCCACUGUUUCAGGAAUGUUAGAACAUAACCCAAACACAUGUGUGCUUUGGAUCGAUGCACACGCUGAUAUCAAUUCGCCAGCUACGACUGAUUCCGGUAACUUACAUGGUUGUCCUAUGUCAUUUGUAAUGGGUAUCCAUAAAGAAUCAUAUCCUCCAUGUUUUGAUUGGGUUCCACAAAACUUGAAGCCUAGUAAGAUUGCAUACAUUGGAUUGAGAGAUGUGGAUAAAGGUGAAAAGCAAAUCUUGAAGGAAUAUGAUAUUGCUGCUUUCUCUAUGUACCAUGUUGAUAAAUAUGGUAUUGGAAAAGUAGUUGAAAUGGCUUUAGAUAAGAUUAACCCUAAGCGAGAUUGCCCUAUUCAUUUAUCAUAUGAUGUUGAUGCCAUUGAUCCAUCCUUUGUUCCUGCUACUGGUACUCGUGUUCAAGGUGGGUUAACUCUCAGAGAAGGUUUGUUUAUUGCCGAAGAUGUUGCUGCAACUGGUUUGUUGUCAAGUGUGGAUAUUGUAGAAACAAAUCCUUUAUUGGGAGAACAUGAAAACCAUGUUUUAGAUACUGUUUCUGCUGCUUGUGCUAUUGGUAGAUGUGCUUUAGGAGAAUCGUUGUUGUAA